GAAAUAAACAAACAGAAAAAUAAAAAUUGAAUUUCUAUUUCCAUCUCUCUCCCUUUUCGUCUCCUUCGCAAACCCACCGAGGAAAUCCUCAGCUAGGGUUUUUGAACCACUCCGAGCUCGUUUCGAGCCAGACUCCAUGACCAGGAGCCUCUCCUAAAGAGUCUUAUAGCGCUCAAACGUCAGAAAGGUUUGAUUACUGAAACGUGCUUGGUUGAUACUUUGAAAAAUAUUUUCAUAGCUGAGUCUUUGAGUAAAAGAAAAUCAUGUCUGGAAGAAAUCGUGGACCGCCUCAUGCUGGUGGACUUCCCCCCCAGGUCCAUGAACCAUUUGGAAGAGGACUUGGGCCGAUGCCCCAUCCAGCAUUACUCGAGGAAAUGAGAGAAUCCCAGCUUGGAAUGGGUCCCAGACCACUUCCCCCUCACCCUGCUAUAAUUGAGGAGCAUCUUGCGGCUCAACAUCAAGAUAUCCAAGGUCUUCUAGUCGGUAACCAAAGGCUGGCUGCAACCCAUGUUGCACUAAAGCAGGAAUUGGAAGCUGCCCAAUAUGAGUUGCAGCGGAUGGCUUACCAUGUUGAUUCACUGCGGGCAGACAAGGAUGUUCAAAUGAGAGAUUUGUAUGAGAAGUCUGUUCGUUUGGAAGUGGAACUUCGCGGAGUGGAGGCUAUGCGGGCUGAGCUUCUUCAGGUUCGUGCUGAUAUCAAGGAGCUCACUGCAGCGAGGCAGGAGCUCUCGGGCCAGGCACAAGCAAUGACACAAGAUUUGGGUAGAAUCACUGCUGAUUUGCAACAGGCACCAGCUUUGAGAGCAGAAAUUGAAGCUAUGAAACAGGAAUUGCAACGUGCUAGAGCUGCCAUUGAGUAUGAAAAGAAAGGAUAUGCAGAGAAUUAUGAGCAUGGCCAGGUGAUGGAAAAGAAUUUGAUAUCGAUGGCUAGGGAGCUAGAGAAACUUCGUGCAGAAAUUGCUAAUACUGAGAAGAGAGCACGAGCUGCAGCUGCUGUUGGAAAUCCAGGUGUAGGUUAUAAUUCAAAUUAUGGAAACCCUGAAGCAGGAUAUGCAGGAAAUCCCUAUCCUGCCAGCUAUGGCAUGAAUCCCGUACAGGGUGGUGCUGAAAGUUUUCCUCAAUAUACACCUAUGCCUGGUUCAUGGGGUGCAUAUGACAUGCAGCGAGCUCAGGGACAUAGAUAAACUUGUUCAUCCGUGAUACCGAGCUGUGUUCUGACCGGUAUCUUGGCUGCAGCGUAUUAGAUACUUAGGUCUGUGAUUGACGUGUUAUCUCAUAGUAGACAUUUUGGAAAACUUUCUUGUUUAUUUGGUCAUUAGUAACUGUACCUAAACAUAUCACACAUCAUAUUACCUUGAUGGUGCAGUACACUAUUCAUAUGUGGCGUUUUAUGAUGCAAAUAUUUGCACUAUCUUCCCUAAAUGCAUUUCAUUAUGAUCUCAAUUUUUCCUGCCCUUAUUUAUAUAAAAUUUGCUGCCUAUCAUAUAUAAAUAGUUUAUCGCCUUUCCAGAACUUUUUUUUCUUUUGCGCUCUUCAUAUUUGAGAUAUUUAGUUUGUAAGGGUUUAUUGUUAAAUUCUGUGUCUUCUGAAGCAAGAACUUUGCUAGUUCUAUUCACAGCUCUAAGUUUUUCGUUGGAUAAAUGCCAAAAUUUCAGUUGUCCCUUGAUUGUGAAUCUGUCUCAUUUACUUGGGAACUCCUUUACAUAGCUAAUACCACAGAUUAAUAUUCUUCAUGUAAGGAUCGUUAUAUAUUAAUUUACUUUCUCUAUUAUUACUUGUUGUUUAAGGUUCUUACAGAAGAAAUUUGUCGUUUAAGGUUAGUUUCUUGUUGCAUCUUAUCUGCCAAUACAUUUAAAGGCUAAAUUAGGUUUGUGCUAAGGAAGCUUACUUUCCUGUGCAAUUUGGAAUAUUGCAUAGUGAUCUUAUGUAUUAUCUGACUGCCUUUAAAGAAUAGUCCUUUCAGCUUCUAAGCAUCUAUCUUUUGACCUUGGGUACAGUAUGUGCCCUCUAAGACAUGUCCGUUACCUUGGUCAAGCAAACAUUUUAGUUCCUAUUCCUUCCAGCUUUUCUAAUCAUAUGUCUGGUUUUUAUUGAACUAAUACUGAUAUAGCCUAUAGGCAUUAUAGGGUGUAGGUCUCGAGGACCUAUGAGUUAAGAAUUUUAAAAAUAUUUUCAAGGAGGAUAUAUAUAUAUGUUUGAGUUCUUUAAAUUUUGGCUUUCUUACUGCAUUUUCCAGUAGCCACCGGGUUUUUGGGACUUUUAGCCAAAAUGUUGUUAAUCUCAUGCCAAAUCACAUCCGGACAGUGCUUCAGUAUAUGGGUUGUAAACCAUGAUCCUCACCUUGUGUGAGGUGGGCGAGAAACCAAUUGUUUAAGAAUGUUUCUAAGUUGAUAUUUGACAAUUUUGGUGCAACUUCUUCAAUACAUAUGGGAACUCAAGUCCAGUAACAUAUUAGGUUGCCUUUUCUUCUUUGUCUUUUACUCUCCUUGGUGCAAUUGUUUUUUCCAAGCCUACCAUCAAGAUUUUUUUUCCUUUUCCUAUGCCUAGGGUGUCACAAGCUCAUUUUGUAUUAGGCUCUAUACUGUUAUUAUUCUGUUUGUGUUGACUACCAUGUCCAUUGUUUUACAUUUCGGUUGAUCCAUUUACUCAUCAUAAUUGGAUUGUGGUAUGUGCUAGCCACAGAAAACUAGGGAAUCAACUCUUUCUGUUAUGUAUUUGAUGUUGUGGAGAUUUUCUGGAUUGAUACCAGUGGUUAACUUUGGGUUGUCUUUAGUGAGACUGAGAGUCUUACUGCGAAAAUUUAGUCAGACAUUCUGUUCAUUUUAAAUGCAUGCUAAUGUAUUUAAAAGAGUAUGCUUUGUGGCGUAGUCAUAUCUGUUUCAGGUCGUAAACUAGGAAUAAAGUAUUUUUGUUGAAUGUGUAGAAACUGUGGCAAUCUCAAUUAACAGUGAAACUGCAUGUAGAAUUUCCUGAUGGUAUCACAAAGCAUACUCAAGAACAGAUCAGUUACUUAUUAUAUUUAGAUAUUAUAGAUGUAAUAGAGUUCAUACAACAUUGUUUUAUUGUUAAUGCUAAUAACCAAAUUCAUGAAUAGCUAAGUUGCGUUAGUGAUACAGAUUCCUAGAUAUGGAAGAGUUAGACGUGCAAGUGUUCGCAGUAGAUACAUAAAGUUCUUUGUUUAAACUUGUUAGCCACUAGAUUUAUUGUAGUUGUAUUAUUUUGACAUUGUUGGGUGGUUUAUGUAGCUCCUUCAGGGUAGACCAGACUAACGAAGUGAUGUUGCUUUCCAUUGAGUGAUGUUGCUCAUGAGUGCGCUUUACUAGUUAUCCUCAAAAUCACACCCUAUAAUCAAUCACCAGUGCAGGCUCCCUGUGGAUUUUGAAUGAGCUGUACCCCUUGUAUCUGUUUCAAGUCAGCUCACACAGCUUAUAGUUUGAGUUUUAUUUCUUGUAUCUAUUUUCUAUGUAGUGGAACAAUUAGUUUUUUGGCAUGGCUGCAAAAAUCUUAGUAUAGUGCUCCCUCUGUCUCUGCUGUCUGUCUCUCCUCCCUAUUCUCUCUCAUUGUGCAUGGCUUGUGUAAGGAGAGGCCUUCAUUUUUCCCCUUCCCUUUUCACUGGAUCAUCCUUGUAGGUUCUAUAGUCAUUCAUUCCAUUUAUUAGGACUCUGGCAAGACAGAAUUUGUGAGGCAGGAGGAGUCUACUGGUAGAGGACAUAUAGCUUUUAGUUGUGAAAACAUGACCUCUUUUUCUUAUGGGUUUUACCAUGAGUCUGGUACGCUGUAAGGAAAGGAAUUCUUUCCAUAUCUCGCUUCUUUUAGAAGAACAACAGCAAAAAUAUAAGGGAAGCAAUGUAUUCAUAGCAUGUGGUAUGCUGUUCAUUGGGAAGACACUCAACAAUGGAGCUGCAGAAUCAGUUUCUGGUCAAGUUCACAACCUUUUGGCCCUGCAAAUAUGAUGCUGCCUCCAUGAUUUCUGAAUGUUUUGUCGUGAGCUAUUUGUGUAAUCUUGUUUGGAAUCUGUAGUGGUGGAAUGGCUUCAGCUCAGGUUUAUUUCAUAUUUCCUGUUUGGAAAUUCACUUUUCUAGGUGGAGAAAAGAACGUACUUUCAAUGCGGUUACUUAUUUGGAAUGAAUGUUCCGAAAAAUUAAGAGGAAUUGGACAAUUUCUGCGUGGGUAGGGCAUUAUAAGGGCUGCGUAUUAUGGAGUAAAGUUGAAGAGCGAGUUGGCUUUAUGUGUGGAUACAAGCCUCAUGUUCUUGCUAAAGUGUCUUGGAAAGGUGGUGUUUUCUCUGCUGCGGCACAAGCUAAAAAGCCUAAGAAUGGUUUCAUUCCCUGUGCUUAUCUGAAUGGAACAAACCACCAGAUGGUUCAAACUCAUCAUUGGUUGACCAUAAAUCUCCUUCUCCAUUGUAAUACCUAUGCUUUCCUCCGAAGCCACCAGACACGAUCUGGCUUGAUUGGAAACAAAAGCAAUUUUUUUUUUAAUAGACAAACAUUUGUAUUCUUCCAGACAUAGAAUUGAGCAAAUAAAAUGCGAAAUACGUGAUUAUGUUAA